AUGAUCGUCGGUUCUAAAUCGACACCUCGCCAUACAAAUCAGAUUGGUAUGCGUUUUCUAGAGUUUUUCUCGUUUGUUACAUCACCAUUGCACGCUCGAAGGAUUCGUUCGUUCCAUCAUUCAGUUGCGUGAUUUCAAAGCCGCAGGGAUCUUCGCGGGAUGUCGUCCUUCGUGAAAGAACAGUGCAUCCUGCUGUGCUUGCUGUGGUAUCUGAUCGCGCAACAUCGCGUUCUUGCGGAUGAUAACAACCCUUAUCAUUUCUCUUUCAACAUCGUUGAUUUUCAGCACAGAUUCGAAGAAAAAGAUGCGGAAGGACUUAUUAACGGGGAAUACGGUUUCAUUACGGCUGAUGGCGUCUAUCACGAGACUGGAUAUGCCACGGAUAAAAAUGGCGAUUUUAUUAUCACCAAGCAGAGACACCGAAAGAUAACAAGUUUAAAGGAUGCGCAAGAAAUAUUCAAGGAUAGACCGGAAGCGGCGAAGAAAUUAAUAGAAGCUGUGCUAAAGGCUUGCAGUGGUUGUAAAAUCCCAAUGGAUAUUCAACCGAAACCUGCAAAUACAGUCACGGAAUCGCCGCUGCAGAAAAAAAUGGAUCCGAUAUUGAAGCAAAUGAUGAAGACAUUGACGCAAAACGUAACACCUGCCAUCGAGAAAAAACAGCCACCGAAGGACACCAUGAAAAGCAUGUUGCGAGCUGCGAAGAAGCUAUUGUCCGAAGAAGAUAAUCAGAAUAAAGUAAGCGAUCGAGAACUAGAAAGGAUGGCGAACGAUCUUUAUUAUCGGUUUAAUUAUACAAUAACGACGCAUGGACACCACGAAGAUGGUUAUCGAAACGGAAGAAAAGACGGUAGCUAUCAAUCGCGAGAUGAAAACGGUGUUGACACGCAGGUGAAAUAUAUAUCCAAUGAAUUCGGGCAUCAACCCAACAUAACAUUCACUACGCAGACGAAUGCGACCGAUGAGAAACAUGCUUUCAAAGGAUACUUAUUUCGUUGGUACCGACCGUAAACGUGAUUUCAUACAUAAUGUGGAUUUUAUUAUGACUAAAGUUUAUUACAAAAUGUACUAACAUUUAUUUCAA